AUGCUGUCAUCGCUCAUUGCAACGCUUGUGAGAACGCAGCGUCUGGGAUCUCGCUAUCUACGCGAAUAUGCAGAACGCAGAAGUCAAGUUAUUAGGGAAGUUGUGCAGAAGAAUGGCGCCCUCGGGUUUAUAUGUUUUGGUGGACCACCUGUUCACUUUCAGAUCUUCCACCAGCGAUUCGUUGACAAAUACCAUUGGAUUGAUGAGCCUAUGUUCCAGGAAUUGUUUGCGGUAACGCAGGCCCUGUCAGGCCCUGCGAGCACAAAAAUGCUGUAUUGCAUCAAUCUGAACCGCAAUGGAUUCUGGAGUGCUUUGGCAGCUUUUAUGUUGUGGUCAAUCCCCGGAGCUAUUGGCAUGUACGCGUUAUCGCUCGGCAUCUCCAGCGUUGGGAAUACUCUUCCUGCACCAGCAUAUGCCCUUCUUUCAGGACUCAAUGCUGCUACCGUGGGAGUGAUUGCUCUUGCUGCUGUGCAGUUAUCCCAGAAGGCCAUCACAGAUAAGAUUAGCCGGAUAUUGAUCUUUCUCGGAGCCACCGCUGGGAUGUUGUACAAUGCAUUAUGGUUCUUUCCAGUUCUCAUUUUUCUGGCCGGGCCUGUGACAGUCAUUUGGGAUCUCAGAAUACUCCAUCCAGUCUUCUCUCGAAUUAGAGGUGUUUUCCUCCCGACAAGGCAAACAGAAAUCCGAGAUGUUGAGAUGACAAGUUCAGCUAAUAUUGAAACAGAAAAUAACGCCGAAGACGUGUCAGCUCGAGAACCUUCAACCGGACAGGAAAUGGCGCAAACUGAAAGAGGAAACUCCGCUGUCGAGCCCACCGUUCUCAGACAGUCGGCCACCAAUGAUUCACGAGAGAGACUGAGUGCAAGAGUCAUCCCUAGAGACAGAGAAUUGAAGGUAUCGUGGCGAUUCGGUACAAUUCUCAUAGCGGCAUUCUUGGCGACUUUCGUUGUCGUUAUGAUAUUACGAGGUGUCAUCAAACAACGGCCUUUGUUGUUCAGCUUGUUUUCCAAUCUGUAUUUGGCAGGCACAAUCAUCUUUGGUGGCGGACCUGUGGUGAUUCCACUUCUCAGACAGUAUAUUGUGACGGAAGGCUGGGUAUCCCCUCGAGACUUCCUCCUGGGAUUGGCCAUCAUACAAUCAUUCCCGGGACCAAAUUUCAACUUUGCGGUCUACCUCGGCUCACUAACUGCCAUCAACGCUUCACUUCCCAGUGCAUUGGGCGCUCUCAUUAGUUACAUUGGUAUCUUUGCGCCGGGUCUAAUCCUCGUUCAUGGAACGAUGGGGCUUUGGAGCGAGCUUCGUACUCGACGCUGGUUCAAGGCUGGUCUACGUGGGAUCAACGCUGCAGCUGUGGGCUUGAUCUACACGGCCAUCUACCGUCUCUGGGAGAUAGGAUACAUUGACGAGAAAUUCACGAGUGGCUCGAGUCUGGGUCGUGAUCCUUGGUGGGUCGUUGUGACAGCAACGAGCUACGUUGGUGGGUGCUGGUUUGGACUUCCCGUUCCUCUGGGUAUCUUGCUCGGAGGUGUCAUGGGACUUGUCAGAUACGGAGUUACAGCGACAUGA